AUGUCCCUGUUCGGCACAUCUCCAGAAGAGCCCUCUGCGGCCACGCCCACCCAAAGGCUCAAGCCAUCGCUCUUCGCGGACGAACCCAUUGGCGGCUCCUCGUCCCUCUUUGCCGAGGACGCGGGUGACGACUCCUCACCCUGGAACCCGCAGAACAACACCGCAAAGCGCACGGCUCGGCGUGAUCUUGUCCGCACACUGCUGCCCGUGUCUGAUGUACCCGAAAGCUAUGUUGAUGCCUACGAUCUGAUCUUGAACAGCGGGGAUAGGGUGGGGAGCGGCAUUGGCCUCACCUCUGUGCGAGAGCUCCUGUCCAGCAGCGGCGUCAGUGCAUCGGAUCAGUCCAAGAUUCUCAAUCUCGUCGUCUCGGGUGAACAAGAAAACUCCGGCGGGCUUGGGCGGGGCGAGUUCAAUGUGUUGCUUGCCCUGAUCGGCCUAGCACAACACGGCGAGGAUCUGUCUUUUGACUCCGUUGACGACCAUCGGAAAAGACUCCCGCAGCCCAGCAGCGGCUUCUUGGAUCGUCUACGAUCUACAUCCGACCCUCAAAAGAGCGAUGCCCACGAAAGAUCUCAAACUCCCGAAGCGCAGCCGUCUCCUAUUCAAGAGCCCAAUUCCGCGCGGUCUCGGCGGUCUCGAGGGGAAUUUGUCGGGGGGCUGGAUUCCGACCCAUGGGGCAGCCCUGAAUUGCAUCGCGGCCACAAUCAUGAAUCCGGUGCCCAUGACGAACGUAACGGACUUGGAUACGGAAGCAUGCGCUCCACGGCAAAUGCAUGGUCAGCAUCUCGAACCCAUACUAAUGACCUGAAUCACACCCCGACCCAUGUUCCCCCGCAGAGCAUUCCGGCAACCGAGCCGGCUGCAGCAGCUCCAGUUCCGCCCAGUAGUGCAGGGUCUGGAUGGGGGAACACUAUUGGGAUGGUGCCGGAGGAAGGUGGAUUCAUUGGAGCUCCGCGCCCAGACCUUGGUGGUUUUGGGCCUUCGAGUGAUGAGCAAGGCGAUGGCACCGUGAGGCGGCCGCCCGUCGGCAUCACGCGGAACACCAAUUCACGUGUCGCUGAAACGGUCACAAUCAAUCUCCUUCCCGAAAAAGAAGGCAUGUUCAUGUUCCAGCAUCGGAAUUACGAGGUCAAGUCCGCGCGACGAGGGAGUACCGUCGUGCGUCGGUACAGUGACUUUGUCUGGCUGUUGGACUGUCUGCAAAAACGUUACCCAUUCCGGCAAUUGCCUCUGCUCCCUCCGAAGAGGGUUUCAGUGAAUGGUACUCACCUAUCAGCCGAUUCCAAUUCCUUUCUGGAGAAACGGCGCCGCGGUCUUAUUAGAUUUACCAAUUCCCUUGUGCGACAUCCUGUUCUUGGCCAAGAACAGCUAGUUAUCAUGUUCUUGACUGUCCCAACCGAGCUUUCUGUAUGGCGCAAGCAGGCAACAGUCUCGGUCCAGGAUGAAUUUGAGGGCCGGGCGCUUCCUGCCGACCUUGAAGAUUCCCUACCUGCCGAUUUAAUGGAUACUUUUGAGACAGUCCGCAGUGGCGUGAAACGUUCUGCCGAAAUUUACAUUAAUCUAUGUGCUCUGCUCGAGCGACUGGCUAAGCGAAAUGACGGUCUCGCGGCGGACCACCUCCGAUUUUCUCUCGCCCUGCAGUCGUUGACAGAGGUCACUAAGGACACGUACGCUGUUGACGCUAGUGACAUCGCAGGCCUCAAUACUGGUAUCACCGCUACGGCCCGACAUCUCUCCGCCAGUCAAAGUUUGCUAGAAGAUGAAGCGCGAGCUUGGACCGACGGUGUUCUUGAGGAUCUCAAGGCGCAACGAGACUGUUUGGUCAGCGUGCGUGAAAUGUUUGAUCGACGGGACCGACUGGCCCGCAACAAUAUUCCUCAGCUGGAGCGACGCAUCGAAGCCAACGAGCGUAAGCUGCAGGAUCUGCGUGCGCGGCCGCCAGGUACUGUGAAGCCGGGCGAGGCAGAGAAGGUGGAGGAUUCUAUCCUCAAGGACAAGGAUUCCAUCGUGCAGCAGCACGCUCGGGGAGUUUUCAUCAAGGAGUGCAUUCGAGAUGAGCUAGUUCACUUCCAGCAAAGUCAGUAUCAUAUCAGCCACCUGCACCAGGACUGGAGUCAAGAGCGUGUCAAGUACGCCGAGUUGCAGGCCGAUAAUUGGCGGCAAUUGAGCGACGAAAUUGAAAGCAUGCCAACGGGGGAGUAA